UCCAAAUCAUGCAAGUCCGAAUUUUUAUCAAUGGAAAUUUUGGCCCCUCAUUUUCCAAAAAUACGAUAUAUUAAAAGACUAUUUUACAGUCUAGUGAAUUUUAAUAAAGAAUUGUGCGAUAUGGAUGAAGCUUUGAACAGCAAUGAUGUUAUCAAACUCUGCCACAUUUCUGAUCAAGCUCAAAAGAAAGCUCAAAUUUGUAAUAAAUCGAAUACUGAAGAAAUUACUUUGAAUGAAGAUAAGAUACAAACUGUGUAUAGCCAUGCUUUUAGAGCUUACACAAAACGAAUGAUUGAUACCCCACGUUUCAAAUGUAUUUCUUGUGAAAAGUUGUGUUGUCAGAAGAGCGGCAGUUUUAUUGAAAUUUCUAAAACCAUGCUCGGACCGAUUUGGACCAGCUUCAUGGAAUAUCUUGCAAAAUGCCUUCCCAAACCCAAUGAAUAUAACUUUCUGUGUCGAUACUGCCGAGAUAAAUUUCAUCAAGAUACAUUGCCUCCAAUAUGUAUUCUUAACAGUCUUGAUGUUCCAGCGGUUCCAUAUGAAAUAACGUGUCUAAAUCACUCUUGACACAAAUGUCGCAAUCCGACUUAUAUUAUGAACAGUUUACGAUAUAUCCGAUACACGAAAAAAGGGUUAACGCGACUGCAACAGAGCUCUAUCAAAUGCUGAAGGUUAAUGAUGUUCCCCUUGAUAGACGUUUUAAAGCUUUAGACACAAUGUGUUUUCCUGAUUUAUAUCCUCAUGGAACAACGGGCAGCAUGCUGAAAGAACACAAUAUACGACAAAUAAAUGCUGGAAUUUUCCAUAAGAUGAAUGUAACCAAUCCCCGUGAAAAAUAUACUGCUGCUAGUUACUUAGAAAGGCUUUCUAAGAAUGAACUUGAAUCCAAUUUAAGUACAAUUUUUGCCAGAUUGCGUAAUUCGGAAGAAUAUUGGAGAAUUCCUAGGAAUAACGUAAGAUGCAUGACGCGUCAUUAUGGUCCUGCUACAUGGUUCUUAACAAUCAGUCCCAUUUCGGUUUCUAGAUUUGUCGAGAUAAAGUUGAAAGCUGUGCUUGACUUUAUUUUGUCACCUAACAAUCCUAUCGGUGAAGUUGACCACUACUUUUAUCGGCGAGAGUACCAGUCUAGGGGUGCACAACACUUUCAUAUUUUGAUUUGGAUCAAAGAUGCACCGAUAAUCGGCAAAUCUACGACGGAAGAAAUAGCUUCAUUUAUAUUAAACGGCACCGUCAUAAUGGUUAUUGUUUACGAUCUAAGAAAACCAAAACCGGUUUUACACGACUGUGCAAGUUCGGCCAUCCGCGACCAUUCACAGAGCCAAUUAAAAUUAGAGAUGUGGCUGUGUCAAUUGCAGGAAGAAGACGAUUGA